AUGAAUGUCUACCUAAGCAGACGCGAGCCUCCAGCUGAAGUCCACAACCUCUGUAGGGACCUUCAGGAUGGGAGACUCCUCAUGAUGCUACUUGAGGAGCUGACUGGCUGCAAACUGCUUUACAGGUUCAGACCGGCCUCUCAUCGCAUUUUCAGACUCAACAACAUUUCCAAGGCCAUAGCUUUCCUCGAUGACCGACACGUGAAGCUGCUGGGCAUCGACGCUUCCGCUGUGGCCGAUGGAGUGGUCUCAGUCGUGUUGCAUCUCAUCUGGAACAUCAUCCUCCAUUUCCAGGUGAAGGAGAUGACCGGAGGACUACGCAGGCGCUUGUCCUCCAGUCUGACCUCUCUAACACCGGACAAUGAGCUGACCGAGUCUUUACCAAACACAAACAAAGCCAACUGCCACAAGUACCACGGCAAAACCAUCAGGAGCCUGCUGCAGUGGGUCCAGAGAUGCACGGCCAAGUUUGGAGUCGAAGUUUUUGACUUUGGACGCAGCUGGAGGAGUGGCCUGGCCUUCUUAGCUUUGAUAAAGUCCUUAAACCCAGACUCGGUGGACUUGAGACGAUGCCUCACUAAAGAGCCAGAGGAAAACCUGGAGCAGGCCUUCAGGAUAGCCCAGCAGAGCCUGGACAUACCCCCUCUGCUGGAGCCUAAAGACGUGACCUGCAGCUAUCCAGAUGAGAAGUCCAUCAUUACAUAUGUUUCUCUGUUUUUGAGGCACUGUCCAGACAUGGUUGUGGUGAGAAAAUACUUGGAUUUAUCAGCUGCAGCCAGUUCUCCACAGAUCUCCAAGUUCAGAUCUUUGGAAACUCUGGCGGACACAGAAGAGGCCCAGCCUGUGUUCAGCCGUCUGGAGACCAGCCACGAGCUGCUACUGUGGAAGCGCUGGGCCAGACACUCUUCCAACAAUUGCAAAUCUUCAAGUGGCCAGCAACCUCCCAGCCCCUUGGACGCCACCGUGGCCAAUCCAGAGAUCUGCUCAUGGCUCAACAGAUCACAGGACCGGGGCUACACUCAAACCAAAGCUAAUGAAAUUCGCUUUUCUCUGAGUUCUGAGGAAGGGAUUUACAGUUUGAACCGUCUUGAUUCAGACGAGGAGGAUGCGUACAGCUACAUUUUGGAUUUGAAUGAAGAUGUGUCGAAAAUCCAGGCUCAAAGAAAGGUGCCACGAGUAAAGGAGGAAUGUGAAGAAUCCAGUCCAAUCAGUGAUAAGCAACGAGGGGGGUUCUUUGCUAAUGCCAGAGCCAAUAACACAAGUGGUAACUACGAAUUGAGACAAGAAGUGAUUGGGACUGAUAUUGAAAGUAAAAGACAUGGCAGCAAUGGUGGAAUGAACGUUCCAAGGACCACCGAGCUCCAAGCAAGCGCUAUGACACUAAAAAGGAAGCUGGCGGCAACGUCCAAUGAACCGAACGGGAUUGAGCUCCACAUCCUCCUCUUUCUUUGGAUGCUGCUUUACUGCUAUUUUAUUGGACAUGAAACACUUGCUCUCUGCACAGCUGUAUAUAACCUGAACAUUUGGGCUACAUUUGGCUGCAGCAAAGAGGACACUGAAGGCUGCUACAAUGCGUGCUACUCUUGCUCUUGCGCUGUUCGCGGCUGUGGCCUGGGCACACCCCCAUGCUCAUGA